AUGUCGGAAUUCGAAUCGUUGAUGACUUUUUACAACCCAGAUUUCACCCUAGAAAACCACGGCCAAUAUGGCUGCAAAUGCCAAUACAUGAUCACGGAUCGACCCCUUUCCGCCGGUCCUGCUGGCCCCGUUGCCGUCGACGAAUUAGAUUACACUUGCCAAGCUCAUAAAGAUUGCUACAGAUGCGCGAAAGAAAAGUGGGGAGACGCUUGCAUCCCGGAAUUCAACAAUUACUUUUUCGAAGUUGUCGAAAACGACAUUCAAUGCACCUCGACAGUUGGAAGCUGCAACAGAGCUCUUUGCGAGUGCGACCUGGAAUUCGCGAAAGCGCAUGUUGCGAAAAUUGACGUCUACGAUCAGAAAUUCACGCUUUUCAAUGGAUUUAUUGCCGGAAUGACCUGUCCGAAUUACUGCGGAAAAUCCAAAUUCGAAGUUGAUUCUGACUCUGACGAACUCUCCGCUGGAACAUUCCGCGCCCAUGAUGAGCUGGUCAAUGGACGCCGAUGCUGGGAGAACCAAGAUGGCUUCUUGAUCACGUGGGAUCAUGCCAAGUGGGUGAUUCAGAAUUCGACGGAUACGAUCGCGGAGGGCCUUGAAGAUGUCGGCUGCCCAACUGUAACCGAAUGGGUGGUGCCAGCGUCGAAAGGAGGAGGUGGAUUCGGGAUCACUUUCAAUGGACAAGGAAGAGAAGAAAUCAUAGACGAGCAUGUUGCCGUCGACAAACAGUGUUGCGUGAAUCAGUCGUCAACAAAAUUCACCGUUUUCAACGCUGUCACUCAUGAAUGCUGCGCGAAUGGAGAAAACGCACUGAUUGGAGAGUGCUAA